AUGUUGGUCAAAUUGCUUUUUCUCAGUAUCUACUUGAUCAGUGAAGUAAGAUCCAAUGAUAUAAGACUGGGUUUUGUCGCGCCGAGUUCUAGAAAAAUCUAUGGUGAAAUUAAGGAAGCUGAUCCAGCACUCUGGAAAAGAACAGAUGAUAUCAUAAUUAACACACCACACAAUGAAGUUAUUACUGCUGUCCUUGUCACCGACCUGCGGGAUGAUAAGGACGGAGAAGCCUUUAUAGAGAGCGGUGGUGUUGGUUUAAAGAGUGUUACUAUAGGUUUGAAGAGCCCAAGUAUUUUGAGGGGGUAUAAGUUUGAGAUUGAGGUGUACGGAUCGGAUACUAACGAACGGUUGUACAGUAAAGGCGGUUUUGCACCGUAUAGUGGUGAUGUACAAUAUGCAAGGAAGUUUUAA